UUAAAAACAGUAUGAAGCGGCUUCAGCGGAGCUUCGGAUAACUAAUUUGAAGCAUGGCUGUCUAGCGCGCCUGUCACUCCUAUUGUCCUUCCAAACUCUUUCAGACAUUUUGAGCAAAGAGUAUUAAAGCUAUGAGUUAGCAAGGGUUGUGACAUUAAUGGUCCACAAAGGCUUUAGGCAGGAGAGGUAAUGAUGAUUACCGGUGGCUGUUGGAGGACUGCACUGGAUUGCUGUCAUUAAAAAUUAAGCGUGGCUUUUGAGGAAGAUGUGACAACUACCGGAGGUCUUUUUGCCACUCCUCCAGGACUUCCACCAUCAGGAAAGAAGCCCCUGGACCAUCAUCCUUUAAGAUGUUCAUAUGGACCAGUGGUCGGACCUCUUCAUCUUACAGACAUGACGAGAAAAGAAAUUUCUACCAAAAAAUCAGGGACCAUGACCUCCUGGACAAAAGGAAAACAGUCACAGCACUGAAAGCUGGAGAGGACCGGGCCAUUCUCCUGGGACUGGCCAUGAUGGUGUGCUCCAUCAUGAUGUACUUCCUGCUGGGAAUCACACUGCUGCGCUCAUACAUGCAGAGUGUGUGGACUGAAGAGUCUCAGUGCACCUUGCUGAACGCAUCCAUCACGGAAACAUUUAAUUGCUCCUUCAGCUGUGGUCCAGACUGCUGGAAACUCUCUCAGUACCCCUGCCUGCAGGUGUAUGUGAACCUGACUUCUUCUGGGGAAAAGCUCCUCCUCUACCACACUGAAGAGACAAUGAAAAUCAAUCAGAAGUGCUCCUAUAUACCUAAAUGUGGAAAGAACUUUGAAGAAUCCAUGUCCCUGGUGAAUGUUGUCAUGGAAAACUUCAGGAAGUACCAGCAUUUCUCCUGCUAUUCUGACCCGGAAGGAAACCAGAAGAGCGUCAUCCUAACCAAACUCUACAGUUCCAACGUGCUGUUCCAUUCACUCUUCUGGCCGACUUGUAUGAUGGCUGGGGGUGUGGUGAUUGUUGCCAUGGUGAAACUCACACAGUACCUCUCCCUGCUCUGUGAGAGGAUCCAGCGGAUCAAUAGAUAGAAGCAAAAAGGGAUAAAAUAGUUUUCUUUAAAGUUCAAAUACUGUUUUCUUUCAUUCUUCACCAAAGAACCUUAAGUUUGUAAUGUGCAGUCUGUUAUGAGUUCCUUAAUAUAUUAUUACACGUAGAGCAAUAAUGCAAAAGCUGUUCUAUAUGCAAACAUGAUGUCUUUAUUAUUCAGGAGAAGAAAUACUGUUUUGUGUUAGUUGGUGGUUUUCAUAACUUUGUUUUGAUGCUGGGACUAGUAUGUCCCUCUCUCCUUCCGCCAAAAUAGGGCUCAGUUACUCAUUUGCCAAGCUUUGUGAAGGAAUGUAGACAAUAUCAAUGUGAUAAAGACUGUGUUCUGAGUCAUCAGAUCUUUAGAAUACAAGAGUUCUCAUCAUUUAUUGUUUACUGAAGCUAUAGCCAAAACUAUUUUUUCUUUUCUUAUUGUAAAUUGAGCCCUGUAGCAAGUGAAGGGACCAGAUUUCCUAAAGGGUGUUAAGCAUUUUCCUUGUGUUUUUACCAUAUCACUGUAAAGAAGGGGGAACCUAGACAGUCACUUUUCUUUCAUUAUUUUUUACUCACAGCUUUAGAGUUUUUAACCGAUUUCCAAGAAAAAAGAUGUUUUCCUUAGCCAGUGAUGUAAUCUCUUCCUAUGAUUUAAAUAGAAAAUAAACAGAGCCCUUUUCCAUUUAAGACCUUGCUACUGUGUGAAAGAAUAAUAUUGACAAGGAGUUUCAUCACCUAUGAACUGACUGAAUGUUGGUAGGUGCUCCAUUAUAAUCCAGAAAAGUCUGUGUAACUAAGAUAUUUGAGUGAAAAUCUUUAUUUCAUUUCAACUGAACCGCUACUUGCUGGUAAAGACUAGUGAGGUAGUUUCAAUAGGUAAAUCUAUUGUGGGAAAUUAACAUACUGAAAUAUUGCUCUUUGGAAGUUAAUGAAUGUGUAGUCUCUCUUCUGACAUAUGUUCCCUGUUGGAAUUUUAAAGCUAUGUACACAGAAUAUUUGCCUCCUCUACAUGUUUUAUUUUUCUAUUUACAACUCCCUUUUUUGUUGCUAUAUUUUAUACACAAAAUAGACUUUUUUCCUAACAUACAUUUGGACUGAACAACAGAUUUAAAGGAAGACUUUCUUCGCGUUGCUAUUUACUUAUUAUAUUUGGGUGGGAGGGAAUGAGGGAUUGGUUUUAAAUAAAAACAUUCCAUCUUUUAUUUAAUAUCAAUAUCAAAAGAGAAGACAAACAUCUAUCUUUCUCAUCAAUAUUUAAGUAACUUUUUGUAAUGUAGUAUCAAAGUUUUUUAGGUAUUGCAAAAUUUUACAAGUCACUUGUGGAUUGAAUGGUAAAAUUAAUCUGCUAAAGUGGAAAUUAUUCUGCAAUAUUGUAAUUCAUAGUUUGACUUUUCAUAAGCAAAUAAAUCCCUAGGGUGUAACCAGAACUUCACAUGUGUAAUGAAAAUUUUUUUGAAAAGUCCAUUAAAUCACAAGAUUUGAA